CACCCGGGCCUGAGAGUCCGGAGACCGAGCCCCGCAGUCUGAGUCAGCGGCAGCAGCGGCUGAGGUUCUACCAUUUCGCUGCGGCCUGUCACCCUCGCCCAGGAGCGGCUGCACGGACGCAGAAAUGCCGCUGCUGGACCGGGGCCUGUUCUGGCUAAGCCUGGUCCUGGGCCCCUGCGCUUCUCUUGGGUCAGCGGUGUGGGGCAACAAUACCAAAGAUGCUCUGAAUGUCCUUCUAAUCAUUGUGGAUGACCUGCGCCUCUCCCUGGGCUGUUACGGGGACAAGCUCAUAAAGUCCCCAAACAUCGACCAACUGGCAUCCCACAGUCUCCUCUUCCAGAAUGCCUUUGCCCAGCAAGCAGUGUGUGCCCCAAGCCGAGUGUCGUUCCUUACCGGGAGGAGACCUGACACCACGCGCCUAUAUGACUUCAACUCCUACUGGAGAGUACAGGCUGGAAACUUCUCCACCAUCCCCCAGUACUUCAAGGAGAAUGGCUACGUGACUAUGUCAGUUGGAAAAGUCUUUCACCCUGGAAUAUCUUCUAACCAUAGUGAUGAUUCUCCAUAUAGCUGGUCUGUUCCACCUUAUCAUCCCUCCUCUGAAAAGUAUGAAAAUACUAAGACAUGUAGGGGGCCAGAUGGAGAACUCCAUGCCAACCUGAUUUGCCCUGUGGAUAUGGCAGAUAUACCCGAGGGUACCUUGCCUGACAAACAGAGCACCAAGCAAGCCAUACGAUUGUUGGAAAAAAUGAAAACAUCUGCCAGUCCUUUCUUCCUGGCUGUUGGGUAUCACAAGCCACACAUACCCUUCAGAUACCCCAAGGAGUUUCAGAAGUUGUACCCCUUGGAGAACAUCACCCUGGCUCCUGAUCCCCAGGUCCCUGCUGGCCUCCCUCCUGUGGCCUAUAACCCUUGGAUGGACAUCAGGCUGCGGGAGGACAUCCAAGAUUUAAACCUCAGUGUUCCCUAUGGCCCAAUUCCUGUGGACUUUCAGAGGAAAAUACGCCAGAGCUACUUUGCCUCUGUUUCCUACUUGGAUACACAGGUUGGCCACCUUUUGAGUGCUUUGGAUGAUUUUCAUCUGGCCAACAGCACUAUUGUUGCAUUUACCUCAGAUCAUGGGUGGUCUCUAGGUGAACAUGGAGAAUGGGCCAAAUACAGCAAUUUUGAUGUCGCUACUCAUGUGCCCCUGAUGUUCUAUGUUCCCAGAAGGACAGCUCUGCUUCCAGAGGCAGGCAAGAAGCUUUUCCCUUAUAUCGACCCUUUUGAUCCUGCCUCAGAAUUGAUGGAACCAGGCCAGCAAGUUGUGGACCUCGUGGAACUUGUCUCUCUGUUUCCCACACUAACGGGACUCGCAGGAUUGCACGUUCCACCUCGUUGCCCCAUUCCCUCAUUUCAUGUGGAGCUGUGCCGAGAAGGCCAGAGCCUUCUGAAGCAUUUUCGAUUUCAGGACUUAGAAGAGGAUCUGACACUCCAUGAUAAUCCCCAUGAGUCCAUUGCCUAUAGCCAGUACCCCCGACCUGCAGACUAUCCUCAGUGGAAUUCUGACAAGCCGAGUUUAAAAGAUAUAAAAGUCAUGGGCUAUUCCAUACGCACAAUAGACUAUAGAUAUACUGUGUGGGUUGGCUUUAAUCCCCAUGAAUUUCUAGCUAACUUUUCUGAUGUCCAUGCAGGGGAACUGUAUUUUGUAGAUUCUGACCCUUUCCAGGAUCAUAAUAUGUAUAAUGACUCCCAAGGUGGAGACCUUCAAUCAUUGAUACCUUGGGUUGUGCCAACCACAAAGGGGGUAUAAUAUAUACAUAGUGUGUGCUCCCUUGUGGCAGGUAACAAAAGGAGUUAAAGCUGGUUAUUUUGUGAUCACUCUUAAUAUCAGAAGAAAUCCAAGGGGUAUGCAAUCAAAAUGUGCAUCAACAAUUUGGCAAAAGAAUAUACUACAGCCAAAUAUUUUGAUUUGGUCUUUAUUAGUUUCUAAUUGGUAAUGGAACUGGGUCUGGGCUGAACCUUUUCUUUCCUUUUUUUUAAGAGUCAUAGCUUAUUUAUUGAAUGAAUAAGUACAGAUUGGUAAACUAUAAUUGUCAUAACUUCAGAUAUCAAGACCAUAAUAGCCAAACAACACUAUAUUUAAGAAAUACUUUAAUUAUUUGUGGAAUUUAGUGCAUUUCAAAAAGUAAGUAUAUAUCAAAUUAAAUUUGACACUGAGUCCUGGUCUUUUGUUUAUAAUUUUAUUUUUUGUCUUAUUUAGCCCAAUAUAUUAAAAGUAUUAUGUCCGUGGGCUAUGAACCAAAGCAUUGCAGGUUUGAUUCCCAGUCAGGGCACAUGCCUGGGUUUCAGGCCACGGCCCCCCAGCAACCGUACAUUGAUGUUUCUCUAUCUCUCUCUUUCUCCUUCCCUUCCCUCUCUAAAAAUAAAUAAAUAAAAUCUUAAAAAAAUAAAAAAAGUAUUAUGUCAAUAUGUAAUAUAGAUUUGUUUUUAAAAGAAAAUUAAAUAAUAAUGCUAGAUGCCAAGACCUUAAAAUCUUUAAUUUUUGUUUCUAAGAGUACAAAAUUCAAAAUCUAAAGAUAAAAUAUAUAUGAAGUAAUUAAUGUGGGUUUCUAUAUCAAAUAAUAAUGUUCAGUAAACUAGAGUCAUAACAUGAAUGAGAAAUUCAGUUACAUUUUUUAGAUAUUUUUUGACCCAAAUAAUAAUUUGUUAGUAAAUAAUAUGACCCUUGAACCUAAAGGCCAUGUAUUAAAAGACAUCAUUGUUUACAAUGGAAAACAUUUAAAGACACUUGUAUGCAUGAGUCAAAUCACUCACAACUUUAUUAGUGUUCUCUUUCAGGGGUGUUUGGUUGCAGACAUCCAUUUAUUCAGGAAACAAGAAAUAUCCUAAUUAGUUACUGAUUAAAGACAACAUUAAUUUUAGUAAAUUUAAAAUUAUUUUGAGAAUUGUGAAAACUCCAUUAGUGUAAUAUCAGGUCAUUUCUAAUCCCCCAGAAUGUAGUUCUGAAAAUCAAAGUAACCAGAAAGGCAGAUGGUAGUGAUAAACUUAGCCUAUGUCAUCUUUAAAAGGAUAGAAUAUUCUCAACUCAUUUAUAAUAGGCUGCAGCUGAUUAAAUUAUCAGUAGUUAUCAGAAGAGUCAAUCAUUUUCUAAGUAAACAUCAAAUAUAGUUUUAAAUCAAAAUGAAUAAUUUUUAGUAUUUCUCUAUGUGCAAAUGCUUCAUUGGUGAAACAAAAUACAGCAAAUUAGGUUAAGUUACUUCAGUAUAUUAAAUGGUAACCAAAAAGGCAAGACAUUACAUUAAAAUAUUGCUUCAAAUCAAUAAAAUUUCAAAAGUUUUUUCAUGCUAAGUAAUCUACAAUAGAGGUAUAUAUACUAACACAAUGACCUUCUAAGCAAUUAAGUGACUCAGUGUUCUGACAACAACAAUUUCUACUUCAGGCAUGAGGGCUUUAUUCAUCUCCCCCGAUCCUGAAGCCUCUUUUUUUUGUGGAAGUCUCAGCUUACAUGUAGAUGACUUCCCUCAGUCUUUUCUUUUUCCUUCUUCAUCCUCUUUAUGGCUUUUAUCACUUCCAUUAAGAUUUUUACAGUCCACUCUGUAAAUUUCUCAUGACAUAUUUUCAGUAUAUUUAGUUUUAUCUCCUACUCCAUAGUUAUAGUAAGUUUUAACAGGGUUUUACUCCACAUUCAUUUGUUGCUCCUGUUAACUAUAAUACAUACAUCAUUUUUUCUCACUUCAUUUCUUGAAGCACAGUUUCAUAAU